AGCCAAUAUAUAUAUACACAAGGGAAGGCCAUGUUAACCUAAAUGCUCGUCAACGCGUAGCCAGUCACAGCUUUACAAAACUUUGACAUCGCAUUGAAUCUAUGGUCGACUAGAUGUAACAAUGGAGUAUUGUAACCCUGGUCUGUGGAGAUCGAUCGUACCAUUCUUCACAGUGUUGUUCUCCUUUGCAUGUGUGUGUAGAGGUAUUCAAGUGCGUCUGGAUCCAGGACCUAACUAUGGCAAUGUACAGAUGUACCACAACGGUACCUGGCAGAGGGCGUGUCUUGAACAGUUCUAUUACCUUGGUGGAUACGCCUCACAUGUCAUGUGCAAGCAGCUUGGUUUCAACACCAAACGCAAUGUAGGUAUGCGUCAAACUGGAACACAUCAUGGACUAUUUUGGUAUACCUGGAUUCAUUGUUCACCAGUAGACACAAAUCUGAAUCAGUGCUAUUCCGAACCUAUCACUAACAGGACAUCCUGCUAUGAUUAUGACAAAGCAAGAAUCGCUUGUUUAUCGGAUAACGAAACACGAGUUGAUAUUGAGAACCACAAUGUCACAGUCACUGAUGGAUUCAAUUUCAACACUAGAUGUAACGUAUACACACCUCAAACAAACUUGUCCUAUCACUGGAACCACAACUGGAAGAAUCUAUUUUACUCGGGACGCUAUUUUUCCGGGAAAGGUAACAGGACCGUAGCUGGUAACUGGACUUGUUCAGUGUCUUCAAACGGCAAGACACUUGGAUCAGAUUCCACAGUGAUCAAUGUUAUUUAUCCUCCCAAACGAAUGCAAAGCAAGAUCAUCUAUGCAAAAGUGGGUGAUACUGUAAGUUUAAGUGAAACGGACGUUUCUUUUCCUUCACCGGAGACGUUCACUUGGCGGAGACUUGACACGAACUCGUCCUUCGUCAGAUCUGUGACCCCGCCUGUCAUGUCUAACAUACAGCAGGCUGAUGCUGGGGAGUAUAUCGUUAUGAUUCAACAGCCUGCAUAUUACCUAACACCAUCUGCACCUGCAUACAGAGGGAAUUAUUCGUUCGGUGUACAAUUGGUAAUGAUACGCAUUCCAUACCCGCCUUCCAUUCAGUGCGAGGAGAUUGUUCGGGUUAUGAAUGGUCAGUCUAGAACAGUAGAGUGCAAAGUUGAUUCCUAUCCAAGACACCACACGAUGACGUGGACGCUGGCUACAACAGCUGGAACCAGAACUCAGUCAAGCCACAAAGACACCUAUCACAUUGUCAACGCCAGUGCUGGAGAUGAAGGGAAUUACACUUGUAGGGCCACCAACAACCUGACGUACCCGGAUGGUCAAGUCGAGACAGGCACUGGGACAUGUGUCAUUAAUGUGAAGGUCACAUCGCCCAAUGGUGGAAGAAGUGGGGAUGAAGGUGCUGCAAAGAGAGCCUCUGGUCAAGAGACCACAACUAGUUCUGCUGUUUGGGGAGGCCUUGCACUUGUGGCAAUCGUGGUCAUAGGACUGCUUGUAGCUGUUAUCGUGUUGGUCAUUCGACAACCUGAUAAGAAAGAAGUUCCGAAUGGAGACAAGCCCAUUGAGAUGACGACAGUGAACAGGGCAGGUGUAGCAGCCAUUUCCGGUCCUCUGUACGAGAAUGCACAAGAUCACAGGCGGAAGUGAACAAGCUGUUGUUCUGCCUUACUACUACUACUACUACUACUACUACUAUUACUACUACUACUACUACUACUACUACUACUACUACUACUACUACUCCGACUACUACUACUACUACUACUACUACGACUACUACUACUACUACUUCUACUACUACUACUACUACGAUGACGACGACGAAAACUUGGGGUAUACAUGUCACAUAUGCUAACGCCGUUUAACUGAAUUACUAUUUCAGUUGGCUCAAAACGGCUCAACUCACAACAACAACAUUUAAUUCCCAUCUUGAACGGCUGCUCAAUGGAGCUCUACAGGGGGAAUAGGAAGAUAUGACAAAAACGUGGUUUUAACGGUGUACUGAAGCACUUGAAAUAUGCAAAAAGAAUUACAUAAAUGUAAAAAAUCAAAAUCAAUUGUACUGUGAUUAUAUGCAUCUGUAACCAUUUCUUCCUUUCACGUUAUAUUAUACUUUAUGCAAACAAUUUUCAAGAAAAGAUUCUUGAUAGGGUGAUUAUAUUUUUCAAAUAUAUAUAUAGUUAUUGUAUUAUAUUCAAACUAAUAUUACCAAUGCCUUUGAAUAAAAUCUAUAAUUAA